AGGCACUUUAUCUGAAUAACCGACUGCACUAACACUAACAUAACUGAGAUAGAAACGAAAAAGAAGACGAUUUUUACUUGCUUUUUGCUUCUUUUCAGAUUUUAUUUUUUUCCUUGACAUUGCAUUUUCUAAUUCCUAAUACGAAUGGUCAUAACUUUUUAUAAUACGUGUUCUUUCUUUAUACAUAAACAACAAAGUAUUUUUAAGCAUUAAAAUUUGUAUGAGAAAGUCUACCAAUGUCCCGAAAAUAAUAUUAUUAACAAUUCUUAAGUUGACAUUUGCUGAAAAUAUAUUUAAGAAGAUAAAAUACAAAAUAUUUGUCCAAUCAUUAGUGAUAGAAUGCGCAAUAUCAAAAGUUAGAUAGUGGUAUCUCGAUUACAUACCAUAUAAUACUUAUAAUAGUAGCAGCACAUUUUGCUGCAAGUUGUUAUUCGUCGCGGUGUUCGAUAAAAGUGAGAGUGAAAAAUGGGUCUUUUAACUGAAGGCAGCCCCUUGUCAUGGGAGGAAACCAAAAAAUUAGCCCCACAUGUACGCCAACACGGUAUUACUCAAUUUAUAAACUUAUAUAAAAAACUUAGAGAUAGAGAAGGUGAUGUGCUUAAAUGGGGUGAUGAGGUUGAAUAUAUUAUAGUUAAAUUUAAUGAUGAGAAAAAACAAGCUAAAGUAAGUCUCAGAGGUGAUGAAUUGCUGACAGUACUUAAUAAAAAAGAACUAGAGGAUCCAAAUGGUGUUAAGUCUCUUUGGAGACCUGAAUAUGGUGCAUAUAUGAUAGAAGGAACCCCUGGACGACCCUAUGGAGGUUUGUUGGCUCAUUUUAAUAUUGUUGAAGCAAAUAUGAGGCUUAGACGUAAAGAAGUCACUGAGUUACUGAAAGCUGAUGAGGCUAUUAUGAGUAUUACUAGUUUCCCAAGAUUAGGUUGCGAAGAUUUUACACACCCACCUACCAAACCAACGCCUGACCAGGGUGCGACCAGGUCGCUGUUUUUCCCGGACGACGUUAUAUUUCCCGGACAUCCCAGGUUCAAAACUUUAUCAAGAAAUAUUAGGAUGCGGCGAGGGGAAAAAGUAGCAAUAAAUCUACCAGUUUUCAGAGACAAAAAUACGAAAAUACCCAUUGACGAUUCCUACAAGCAUGACAGAGCUGCCUUACCAGAUCAUGUAUACAUGGAUGCUAUGGGUUUCGGGAUGGGAUGUUGUUGUCUACAGUUAACGUUUCAGGCUUGUAAUAUCACAGAAGCAAGAACCUUGUACGACCAACUGACGCCCUUAUGUCCCAUCAUGCUUGCAUUUACAGCGGCUUCUCCGUUAUACAGGGGAUUCGUGACAGACGUGGACUGUCGUUGGAAUGUGAUUUCAGGAUCGGUUGAUUGUCGAACUGAAGAGGAAAGGGGCCUGAAACCGUUAAAGGAGAAUACGUUCGUCAUUAACAAAUCUCGUUACGAUUCCAUCGAUUCGUAUUUGUCUCCACAAGGGGAAAAGUACAACGACAUACCGCUUUUGUACAACAAAGAAGACUACCAGAAAUUGGUGGACAACGGAAUCGAUCCACUGCUAGCUGGACAUAUUGCGCAUUUGUUCAUUAGGGAUUCUGUGUCGCUGUUCUCAGAGAAGGUUCAUCAAAACGAUGAAGAGGAUUCCGAUCAUUUCGAGAACAUCCAGUCGACAAAUUGGCAGACGAUGAGGUUUAAACCGCCACCUCCCCAUUCGACGAUAGGUUGGCGUGUAGAAUUUCGACCAUGCGAAGCUCAAGUAACGGAUUUCGAAAAUGCAGCCAUCGUCUGUUUCGUGGUGCUAUUGACGCGGGUGAUACUAUCGUACCAAUUGAAUUUCUUGAUACCAAUUAGUAAGGUAGACGAAAAUAUGCAAAAAGCGCAAAAAAGAAACGCAGCCAGAGAUCAGAAGUUCUGGUUUAGACGAGACAUAACGACGCAUGUGAGUCCUCCAGCGGCGGCAGAAUGUUGUCGAACUGGAACUUCAAAUUGUGACGUCAAAGAAUGUGAUAUGUUCGGACAGAUGACUGUAAAUGACAUUAUAAAUGGAAAGGAGGGGGAAUUUCCCGGUCUUAUUCCGCUAAUAAAUAACUACUUGGCGGGCAUGGACGUUGACGCCGAUACGCACUGUACAAUUCAGCAAUACUUAAAAUUUAUACAAAGGCGAGCUGCUGGCGAAAUACUUACAACGGCAUCAUGGAUUAGGAAGUUUGUUACAGAGCAUCCAGAUUAUAAGCACGACUCAGUGGUAUCGGAAAUCAUCAACUACGAUUUAUUGAAGACCGUUAAAGACAUUCAAACAGGCGACAAAUAUUGUCCGUUGCUCUUAGGAGUCAGUACCAUGUCAAAAACUAAAGAAAGUAUACCGUCAGCUUUAUCAGACGAUUGUUGAUUUAGAGUAAAUUUUAUUAAAAAAAAAAAAAAAAUGCACACUCGUUCAAUUGGACGCUGAAAAAAUUAAUUGGUUCUUCCUUUUUUUUUCAGUAUUUUCGUUUUCUUUGUUUUGUUCUAAUUUAUUAAAAAUUGUUCCAUUGUAAAAUCGUUUUUUCAGUGACCAAUUCAAUAUGUGACUUAUUUUAAGGACUACGUUUAGACUUUAUAGGAAGCCGAAGUGAUGUAAGUCAUUUUAUUAUCGUUUUGAGGGGGGAUAUAAUAAAUAUUACAUAUUAUGCAUUUUUAGGAAAUUCCUAAUUUUGAAAUGGUCUCGUUUUUUUUACCAUUAUUUUGUACUUUGCCUGCGUCCUACGAAAUUUUAAUAUAAAAUAGUAACAGCUGGUAUAAGCGAAAUUACAAUAUUUCAUUUUUUGUUUUCAAAAGAUCUCUAGUCAAAAUUUUUCUAAUUUGCACUACCCCUUUAGUAAAUUCCUACAAUUCAUCGACAUUUCCCUGUUAAAUACCUGUUUGAGUGUAAUUUAAAAGCAACAAUGCAGAAAGGAUGAAUUUUGUUAUCGAAUGACGAUAUUUUAAAUUUUUUUUUCGAUUCGGAAACACCGUCAGUUAUUAUUCUUUCUCCACGGUCGAGUCCAUGUAUUUAAUUUAUAGUUACAUGUAUGUCCGUAUGUGAUCCUUAAACAUUUUCAUUAUCGUGCAGAAAGGUUUCCACAACGCCUAUUUUUUACCCUGGAACGUAAACGUUCUAAAAAUCGUGCAGAUAGGCUAAUGAAAACAUUAAAACAUGAAAACAUUAAAAAUUAUGCUUUGUUUACAGUUCAAAAUUCACUCCGGUUUUUGUACGUUCUUAUACGUUGUAUUUAGUUUUAUUAAGUUGUUUUUUCAGAUGGUGCAAAAUUUUUAACGACAAAUCAAUUGAAUUUGGUAAAUUCUUCAAAAUAGCUGGAGGCAAUUGUAAAAAUGAAUAAGUCUAAAAAUUACGACAAAUGUGGUAAAAUGUUAAGUUGAUUUUGUUGUUAUGAGAAUACUUAGAUGUGCUUCUAAAAAGUUUUAGAAUUUAAAAUAGUUAAUAUGUUCUGCCUACAGUUGGAUAAAUGUAUUUCCUAUUAAAACCGGAAGUAAUUUGGGUUUUGCGAUUUUAUUUCUAAAACAAAAUGUAUAAACGUAGUCUUAUUUAUAUAAAAAAUAAUAGUCAAAUUUUGUUAGUCCAAUUAAUACGUACUUAUACUAUACAUACGUUUUUUUUUAUAUAAUUUUUAGGUAUAGAAUUUUACAGUAUUUUAAAAAUAACAGGGCAUUUAAAUUUAAAAGAUUUUACAUAUUUAUAAUUGUGUUGAAUAGAAAUAAUAUUCUUGCUAAAAAAAUUGAGCUUUAUUUUCCAUUUCUUUUUUUUUUAUUUGUUUGCAGUUUGAAGUUGCAGUAAGUCAAAUGUAAGUUACAAAUUUUGUAAAACUGUAUUUACAGGAAAUACAUUGGGUUAUUCGUCUGUUACCCUUAUAAACCUGUAAUAAACAGUGAGGAUACAAUAUUAUUUCAUAAAUCACGAAACCUAUACAGUAUGUUUAUAAAAUCAGUAGAAUGAGAUAAUUUAAUGAAUUAACUAAGUGCCUUUCACCCAUUAUAUCGUCAGCUGACUAUUAGUUUUAUCAAAUUGAAUAUUUAAACGAUUGAAUAUAAAAAUUAUAACUAUUAUUUUAACCAAUAUUUUGUGGCUUAAAUCUUUUUUUUUUUAGAUAUUUAAAAUAUUGAAUACAAACUAUUAUAAUUUUGUUCUGAUCAAUAUUUAUUUUUUUUAAAUAUAUUUUGAUUGUUUUCUUUUUAGUAAAGUCUGUUUUUUAUAGGAUAAAAUAUUAUAUACAAAAAGAUAAUUUAUAAAUGAGGAAAUGUUGCAGCAAAUUCUAUUUAUCAUCAAACUUAAUUUAAAAACAAAAAUUCUGAAUAAAAAAAAUAUUUGAAGAAAUCAGUCGAAAAAUUGCAACUCAGAGUCACACUGCAAGGCUUAGAAGAUGCUGCUAUGGAUGAGCAGGGUUACAAGACAAUAACUUUGGACAUGGAAAGUAUUUUAUUUAUUUUUUACAAUACAUAUAAAAAAAAAUUGUAUAAAACGAAUAACAAAUAUAUAACUAUUUUUAAAAAUUUUAUAUCACAGUUAUGCGAUCGCACACUAUAUUUAUGUUUUUAUAUUCACAAAUGGGACACUCAAAUUUAGGAUCGGCUGACUGGUUUCCCUAAAAAUAUUACAAUUUAUUAAUACAUUAUAAUAAAAUGAAAUUAAAAAAAAUAUAUUAUGUAGAUAGGUACCUUUAAACACACAUAACAGAAUAUAUGUGGACAACCCAUAUGAUGUGGCAAAAUUGGAUUUUCCCCACAAUGAGCACAUUUGGUAUGCAUAGUCAUGUUUCUUUUUGGUACAACUCCAAGAAUAAUUUUCUUAUGAAGUGGAUUCAAAUUUUUUAUUGUUCUUUUAAUCUUAUGAUAAUUUAUAAGUGGAAGGACAUAUACAAAAAUUUCCUAAAACAAACCAUAGAAGGUAUUUGCAAUAUGUACACUUUUAGAAAUAAAAAUGUCAAUCAAUGCUUUCAAAAAUAAGUGACAAUAAUGCUUCUCUUUAUGCCCCUGUAUGUACUUAACCCUUCCUAACCUGCACUAUGAGCGAAUACCUCACAUUUUUAAAAAUUGUUUUGUGCUCUUGGCUGCUUAGAUAUACUUCAUUUAAAGAUUAUGUUUGGUGUGUUGUUAAUGUGAAAAUACAAAGCACUAUAAGCAAGUAAAUAUUUUUUUGUACUUCUGAUUACAUGUUUUGUGUUUAUCAAAAUAUUAAAUAUAUAAUAAAAACAGCAGAAAUUCCAUGACCAAAUGAAAACCACAAAUGUGCAUUUUGUCCACAAAGAAAAAAAUUCAAAUCAAUUUGUAGCAAACACAAUAAAUAUAUUUAUACCAAAUGUGGAAACAGACAUGGAAUAAAUUGUUCAUUAAAAUAUCCACUUUUAUAAAAACUAUAGAUUUUGUAAAAUUUUAGUUAAUAGAAUAAAUUUACUUGUGAGAGUAAUAAAUUGCUUUUAUUUGCAAAUUAUUUGAGUGUAUUAUUAAGAAUGCAUAGUACUCACACACAGGUAAUGACAUUUAAAAUAGAAGUACAGAUUGUGGAGGGUUAAGCAAUAUGAAAUACUUUAUAUAACUUUCAUACAGUUAAAUACUUACUAUAAAACCAUUCCAUAACAAUUCUCUAACUAAAUAUUUUGACUCAAAAUGCCUUUGAGCAUUUUCUGUAGCAUAUACUUGAUUUAAACCUAAUAUUCUUUCAAUAAGUAAAGGUUUAACACCAUUUCUUAAAAAUAUGGAUAUGUUUAUGAAAUCAAGCAACUUAGCAAUCAUGUAUAUUUUAAAAAGUACAUUAUUCAUAUCAUGAGUGGGCAUCCACAUUUCAAACCUCGUUUUAACAUAGUCCAAGCAGGAUCCAAACAAAUACAAUAAUCUUUUUGUCAUUGAUAUAUCUUCAUAUUUGAUGGAAAGCAAUUGUUGGCCAAAUGUACUGCCAUUUUUUAGCACAGAAUUAUUUAAAAUUAGUAAUCUCAGUGCUAGAUUAAUUUCCGAUUCGUAUGGGGCAACAAAACCAGG